CGUGACGGAGAUGCGGACAUCCUCUUCAUCAAAGACGCGAGGCAGCUCGUGGUCAGGAUGGGGAUCAAAGUCAGCCGGGUUCAUGCCCACUACACCUUCAACGCGAAGACCGGGGUUGUGAAGCAGCAUGGGGAGGUGGACGCCACCGUGACGGGUACGAAGGCCAGCCUCAUGCUCAGCAUGUUCACGGACACCCUAAAGCCGUCGUUGGUAGAGCUGCACGUCGAGGACCUAGGGAAGAUCAACGUCGGAAUCAAGGACGGUAUCUUCGGAUGGGUGGCCUCGGGCGUGGCCAAUGCUGUCGUCGGUUCGAUGAGACGAACCAUCAAGGAUGCUGUUGAGAAACAGCUGCCGCCGGUCAUUAACAGCCUCCUGGACCAGCUGGACAUCCCGGCGAUGAUCCGACCCCCGAAGAGCCUGCAGGGCUCCCUGUAGCUCGGCGCGAGGCGGCCGCGCGGGGCGGCGAACGCCUGGUGAGCAGCCGGGUAGGCAGUCCCGUUCAGCAGGUGAGCGCAGGGGGUUGCAUACCCGGAGCUGCUCGGGCGCUUACUGGGCGAGGCCCAUCCCAGAUGAUGUGAACAGCGACUUUCAGGAGAAUAAAGCAAACCAGAUCCACCA